AAACGGUAUUUAACUAAUGAGUUCACAAUAUCUCUAGUCAUCUUGUCAACGAAUAUCAGAAUCUAACAUCAACUACAAAAUCAUAUCCAUAUUAUGGCACGAGCACGCGCUCACUCAGGGGCUGAGGCCCCCAAGGAGCCUCAUGCAGUAUCUCUUAAAGUUUUACGACUAUCACGACCAUCCUUCUCAUAUCAAUGUCCAUUGCCUGCUGCAAAUACUAAGAUAUCGCCAAAGGCGUCGCUGAGUUACCCAUCAAAUGAGGGUGACAAUGAAUUCAUUCUUAGCCCAAAUCUUACUCUUCCUCCCACCUUUGGAUCUGCCUAUGUUGGAGAGACGUUCGCAUGUUCCUUGUGUGCAAACAAUGACUUGCCGCAAGAGGAGUCCUCAAGGGUCAUUACCUCAGUCCGCAUCCUUGCGGAAAUGCAGACCCCUUCGCAGAUAUUCCCCUUAGAACUUACACCACCCAGCAGAGAGCUUCAGACAGAGGGAUUAGGGAAAGGUGAAUCUUUCCAACAGAUCGUACGGUUCGAUCUGAAGGAAGAGGGGAACCACAUACUGGCCGUCAGCGUUAGUUACACGGAGACUCUGAUGGCAGACAACUCGCAAGCCGCAAGCGGACGUGCAAGGACUUUCCGCAAGCUCUACCAGUUUAUUGCCCAGCCUUGUCUUAGUGUUAGGACUAAGGCAACUGAACUGUUGCCUCUAGAGGUGGACAAUAAGUCUCUAGGACCAUACGGCAAGUCGCGGCUGCUUCGAUUUGCCCUCGAAGCACAACUGGAAAAUGUUGGAGACGGUUCUGUUGUCGUCCAGCAAACAACGCUAAACCCGAAGCCACCUUUCAAAUCUCGUUCAUUAAACUGGGACUUCGAUAGACCAGAUGGUCUGAAGGUUCAAGCGCCAUUGCUCAAUCCACGUGAUGUCCUGCAGGUUUCCUUUCUUGUUGAACAAGAGCCUGGUGAGCAGGACGGUCUGGAUGCUUUGCAGAAAGACCUGAAACGAGAUGGUCGCGCUACGCUCGGGCAACUGUCUAUCGAAUGGCGAAGCGCCAUGGGUGACAAGGGAUUCCUGACCACCGGUAACCUGCUAACUAGGAAGCGAUAAUAAUAACCCAGCAGGAACUGACGAGUGACUCCUGGAACUUACUGCUCCUGCUCUCACCGCAAUGGGGGCCUCUCUCACCAUGACCAACUCCAGAUAUGCAGAACGCAUGACAUUCUAUGCCU